GCGGGCACCGAGUCGUCUGGCAAGACUGCGGGCACCGAGUCGUCUGGCGGAAACAGCGGGCAUCGAGUCAAAUGGCGGAACAGCGGGCACCGAGGCAAGACUCAAAUCGUCUGGCAAGACUGCGGGCACCGAGUCGUCUGGCAAGACUGCGGGCACCGAGUCGUCUGGCGGAACAGCGGGCAUCGAGUCAACUGGCGGAACAGCGGGCACCGAGUCGUCUGGCAAGACUGCGGGCACCGAGUCGUCUGGCAAGACUGCGGGCACCGAGUCGUCUGGCAUUGGAUCGUCUGGCUCGACAGCGGGCAUCGGGUCACCAGGCAUCAGGUCAUUUGGCUCGCCAGCGGGCACCGCGUCAUCUGGCAAGGCAGUAGGCACCGAGUCACCAGGUACGACAGCGGGCUCUGAGUCAAUUGGCACGACAGCGGGCACCGGAUCAGGUACCGGAUCAUCUGGAUCAACAGCGGGCAUCGAGUCAACUGGC